AUGGGUUUUCUAGCCGUCCUCGUAUCGUCGCUGCUCCUCCUCGGAGAGCUACCGACGCCCACGCGGUCCCACGGAUCUGACGAGCCGCGGAUUGAGCCCCCUGGGGGAUCUCGCGACGCGGGCGCCAGUAUGUACAUCGUGCGCCUGGGCUCCGCGCCUCCGCUCGCCGCGUACCGCGGCGAGAUCGUCGGCUAUCCCGCCAUAGUAACUACCAACAACGGCGACGAUGCAGAUGAGGGGGAAGAUGACUCAUGGCCGACGUUGCAGCGGCCCGUUGGCGCGACGUCGGACUCUCUGGGAAAUUCCGCGGCUGGGCGGGCGCGGAUGAGCAUGCGCGCGCAUCACGUGCGCGCGUACGCGGAGCUGCUGGCGCGGAUGCAGGCGGAGGUUGCUUCGGAAGUCGGUAUCGCGGCGGAUAAUAUCGCGUACAGCUACAAGCACGUCACCAACGGAUUCGCCGCGCUGCUCUCACCCGCGCAGCUCCGCCGCCUCGCGCGCCACCCCGCCGUCGCCUCCGCGCGCCCCAGCCGCCCCUUCCACCCCGACACCAUCGACUCCCCCGCGUUCCUGGGGCUCGCGGGACGCGCAGGCGCGCAAAACUCCGCCAACAGCGGAAGCGGGGGAAUGUGGCGCGCGCUUGGCGGGCAGCAGAGGGCGGGGGAAGGGAUGGUGCGCCGCAGCGGGCAACAGCGGCGUGCCCAUGGCGGGCGGCAAGGAGCCGUGGUGACUAAGCUCACCCUCUAUUUAUCCAUCUCCGUCCGUCCCGUCCACACCCCCCUCCUCUGCAGCGCCGCAGCGGGCAACAGCGGCGUGCCCAUGGCGGGCGGCAGGGCGAGCGGCAUGGCGCCAGCAGCGCGCCUCGCGGCCUACAAGGUCUUCUGGUACUCCCAAGGCGACCGCCCAGAGAUGCGCGCUCUGGGCGGCGAGUCUGCGGAUCUUCUGGCGGCGGUGAAUCAGGCUGUAGCGGACGGCGUGCAUGUGCUGUCCAUAUCCCUCUCGGCCGACGACCCCGAUGCCACGUACUUUGAUGACGUGGCGUACAUGAACGCGAAUCUGGCCGGAGUGACGGUGGUGAUGUCAGCGGGCAACAACGGGGCGCCUCUUUCAAACCCCCUGGGCACAUACCGCACCAUCGCCAACUUCUCUCCCUUCUACCUCACCGUGGGGGCAAGCUCCAUUACACGAGGAGGCGUGUAUCUUGCCUCCUCGCCUGCAUCGGAGGAAGAAUACGGGAGCAGUGAAGCAGAAGCUGACAGUCAGCAGGAAGCGGAAACACAUCCCAGCACUGCAGCAGCCACGACCACAGUAGGGAAAAACUCAACAGACACCAGCAGCAGCAGCGGCAGCAGCAGCAGCAGCAGCACCACCACCACCACUGAGUCAAAACAUGCUCCAUCCAUCACAGCAGCAUCCCCAUAUGCCGCUGCCGUCGCUCCAGCCGCUCCAGUCGUGGCCGCCUUCUCCUCCUCCGGCCCUCUCCACCGCCCCUGGUCCCGCCCUCCCCCAGGCCACGCCUCCAACAGCCUCUUAAAGCCCGAUGUCAUCGGCCCAGGGGUCGACCUCUGGGCGGCGUGGGUCGGCCCGGAGCCAGGGAGGGCCGGGGGGAGGGGCGGGCGAGGGGGGGAGGCGUCGCAGCUGUCGGGGACGUCGAUGGCGACGCCUCACUUGGCGGGCAUUGCUGCUCUCAUCAUGCAGAAGCGCCCCAAGUGGAGCCCCGCGCAGGUCAUGUCCGCCAUUAUGACCACCGCCAUAACGAGGAACACCAAGGGGAGGCGAAUUUUGAAUGAGCGUGGUGUGGCUGCUACCCCUUGGGAGAUUGGAUCCGGGCAUGUGUUUCCCCAGAGGGCUUUAAACCCUGGGCUGACGUACAAUGCCCGGAGAUGGGCUUAUGUGAAUUUUCUUGCCGGGCAGGAUUAUCGGGCAGCAAAGAAGGAGUUUCCAGGGGCGAAACUUUACCGGAAGAAGGCGUGGAAUUUGAACCGGCCAACGAUUUCGGUGGCGAGGUUGAAAGGGGCGGUGGAGGUGUUUAGAACGGUGGCCGUCGCGGCUCUCUCAUUCAGCACCGCGGUAAAGGGCGCGGCUCUCUCCACCCGCAAUUUAGUGGCUGUCGCGCCGAUCGCCCCUCGCGGUCUAGGCGUCUCCGCCCUCCUAAACUUCAACAAUUCCGCCGCUCCCUCUAAGAACGUCCCCGUGAAGAAGCAGCUACGAACAGAGGAUGGCAUCUUCGGCACGUCGGGUGGAUUCGGCUUCACGAAGGCUAACGAGCUCUUCGUGGGGCGCGUCGCGAUGCUCGGCUUCGCCGCGUCGCUCCUGGGCGAGGCCGUCACGGGGCAGGGUAUUCUGUCGCAACUCAACCUCGAAACCGGCAUCCCCAUCACGGAAGCCGAGCCGCUCCUCCUCUUCUUCAUCGCCUUCACCGUGCUCGGCGCGAUCGGCGGGCUGGGCGAUCGCGGGCGAUUCGUGGACGACGAGCCGGCGGGGCCGGCCGCGAGCCCCGGAAGCAUCAAGUCGGCGCUUGGUCUGAGCGAGGACGGGCCCUUGUUCGGAUUCACCAAGGCGAAUGAGCUGUUCGUGGGGCGCAUGGCGCAGCUCGGCUUCGCCGCGUCGCUGAUUGGCGAGGUGGUGACGGGACGGGGCGCGCUGGCGCAGUUGAAUAUUGAGACGGGCCUGCCGGUUUGGGAGCUGGAGCCGCUGCUGCUCGCGAGCGUCGCGUUCUUCUUCGUAGCGGCGAUUAACCCCGGUACAGGGAAAUUCAUCAACGACGAGGAGUGA